CUUAACAAAAAUGUAUUACCUCAGUUUGUCUGGAAUGUUUUAUGUUAUUAUACGAACAUAUGGAUUUAUAAUAUAAUCUAGCCAGAUAAAAUCGCCCUUAUUUAUUGACAGUAAGUUAUUUAAAUUGUUUGAAUAAUGUAAAAAUAAAAAUAUUUUCGACAUGUUAUUAUAAAAAGUAAAGUAAAAUUAUCAAAAAGUUACUCAGACCAUUUAUUUAAAUGGUUUAAAUUAUUUAAAUGUUAUACAUUUCUAAUUAUUUAUAGUAUGCUAUUUUUUUAGUUUUUAUAAACUUAAUUAUUUAUUAUAUUUUUAUUUAAAAUAUUAUAGGUACUUGUAUUAAAAUGCAUCUAAAAUCCAUAAUUUAAAUUUCAAAAUCAAAUAUCUUUUUUGUGAAUUGGAAAUUAGUAAUCGUUUGGUGUAAUACAAUAGUAUACAAAAUGGUAAGUAUUGUUAGUUAAUUUUUUAUUAAUCUGAAUUGUAUACUUAUAAUGACUUGGAUGUUAAAAUAAUACCUAUAUUUAAAAUGUUAAACUAAAAGAUUAUAAAAUGAUAAUAACUAAUACGAUUAGGGUUGUCAUAAUUUCAUAAAGGACGAAUAGAAAAAAUAGCAAAUAAAUUAGAUUAAAAAUAUGAUUUAAUUAUAUUAGAUAGUUAUAUAAUUUAUAUGUAUUAAAAAAAAAAAUGUUCUAUUUGUAUUUAUUAUUUUAAAAAAGAAAAAUGUGUUAUUAUUAUUUUUUAAUCAUAAAAAAAAUUAUUAUAAAACAUACAAGUAACAACUAAUUUGGAUACUAGGUAUAUAGGUAUAUAUAAAAGAAUUAUAUAUAUGCGGUUUUAUCUCAUAAUAGUUAAAAAUCUUAUAGUUAUCUCUUAAUUAUAGUUAUUAUUUGAAGCAAAUGUUGAAAUCAAAUAAUAUUAGUUUUUUCUUAAAACCGGGAAAUAUUAGUAUUAUAAAUUUCUGGCUGAAUUACUAACAAUGAAAUAUAUAAAUUGAUUGUUUGAAAAUAGUGUUGAGUAAACAUACCCACAAUACUUUUAUUGAUUUUCCCAAUUAUUUAAAAAAGUACAAGGAAUAUUAAAAAAUAGCUAACACAAUACUCAAUUUAUCAAUAAGAACCAAAAUGCUAAAAUAAAGUUUAAUAUCCUUGAUUUAAAAACAAAAUACAAUUUGUUUUUUAUAUUGGUUAAAAAUUAAUUCAUGAAUAUUUUUUAUAUUUGUCCAGUGACCUAUUUUAAUAAACAUAUUGUAAAUUAAAAUAAAAUUGCUUAAUUAGCGACGGAGUUCAGCUCCAAGUCAAAUUAAUAAAAGACCUUUGACUCUUUCAAAUCAUCCUAAAAGAAUAUAUAAGAAAUAUAAUGGAGAAACCCAGAAAUUAGAAGAAAAUUCUAAUGAAGAUCAAGACGAAAAAUCUCCAGGAACAAUUUCCUUAUAUGUUAGUAUAUAACUACAAUAAAUUAUAAAAAUAAUCUAUGAGAAAAUUGUUUGAGAAUUUUUAGGAACAAAAUAUUAGAAAUAUAUUAUCAAAACCUUUUAAAGUACCAAUAGCAAAUUGGAGUGGUAGUAGUUUCAGCAGAGCUUUAGGAAUUCGCCGUGAUGGUACACGUCGCCCUUUACAUGAUCCCACUGCUCCUGAUGCCCUUAUUUUAUAUAUACCUCCUCAAAUUAGUACCCAUGAUAUUUUAAAAAUAGAUAAGUAUGUUAUAUUGUGUUUAACUGUUAGAUAAAUAUCUAUUAAUGUUUUAAUUUUUCAGAAAUAAAAUACUUGUUCAUGUUGUCGUUGAUCCAAUUUUGUCGAAAAUACUUAGACCGCAUCAAAGAGAAGUUAGUUUGUUAUUAAAUAAUGGAAAACAAAUAUAAAUAAUAAUAAAUAUUAAUUUGAUUUAUUUUUAAAACAUAAUAUUUAAAAUAAAAUGUAUGGUAUAAAUAAAAAUGUUAAAAUUGAGAUAACUUUAAAAUAUACUUACAAAAGUACAAUUUUUUACUAUUGCUGUUUGUAACUCAAAAUAAUUUUCGUUAUCAUAACAUUUAAAAAUUAAUAUAGUAUUAUUCUAAUUAAAAUAUUUAGUUUAGAUAAUCAAAUCAACUUAAUAUAUAUUAUUUCAAAAGUGUACAAAAAUACAUUGGUACUAAUCAAAAAUUGUUUCAUAUUUUCUUCUUAUAGAUUAAAAUCUAGGGUUAUUUUUAUAAUAUUUAUAUUAUUUUUUUUUUAGGGUGUGAAAUUUAUGUAUGAAUGUGUUACUGGAGUACGUAUAGAAGGAGGUUAUGGAUGUAUUAUGGCAGAUGAAAUGGGAUUGGGUAAAACUUUACAAUGUAUUACUUUAAUGUGGACACUUUUAAAACAAGGACCAGAAGCUUCACCUACUAUUAAUAAAGCUAUUAUUGUUACACCCAGCUCUUUAGUGAAGGUACUUAUUUACAUGAAUUGAACUCUCAAGUAAUGCAUUUAUUUGAUUAAUAUUUUUAUUAUACAGUACUAAUUUAAUGUAUUAAUACAUUUUGUUUAUUACCUAAUUAAUAUAUUUUAUAUAUUUAUAAUUUAAUAAAUAUUAAUUAAUACUUGAUAAGAAUAAGUUAUAUACCAAUUUCCAGAUUGAAAAACUAACAAAUAUUUGUAUUUAAUUACCUAUUGAACUUUAGAUAGUAUCUAAUGCAUAUUACAUAUUAAACAAAAUAAUGGGUGGGGAGUUGUCGAAAAUCACCUGUUACACUACAUUAGUCUCUGGAAUUACUGAUUUAAUUUAAGAUCUAUUCCUACUUGUCCAGGCAGCUAGAAAUAAAAAGUAUCUUUUCCAUACAUUUAUAUGGAAGUAUUUUCACAUAUACAGGGGAUAGUAUUUAGCAAAUAAAUUAUGGUCUUUGACAUUAUUUCUUUGUUAGACUUGGACAAGUUUUCGAUAAAAAUAUACAUAUACAGUUAUUAUUAUAAUAUUAUUUAAGUAACUUUUUGUCAUGAUGAAAUACAUUUUUGUUCACUAGUUUAUUAAUAUUAUUAAUAUAUUUUUAAAAAGUAUUUAAAAUUGUAUUGAAAUUGUUAUAUAUGUUUUCCCUGCCUGUCUAAUAUAUACAACUCAAAUUUUGUCUGUUUUUCUGCUAUUAAAAUCUACAGUUAAUUUCAAUCUUGAUGAAACUCACUUGUUAUUCAAAACCAAAGAAAGAUCGAUAUCUACUUUUUAUCUUGAAAUUCAGCAUUUUUAGAUCUAACUUUUGGAAUAAAAAUUUAAUUUUUUUGUCGAUUUAAAGACUACCUUGCCCUUAUUAUUAGUUAAUUUAGUUGUUAUUAACAAAGAAUUACUCUUUUUAAAAGAUAAAUUACUGUACAAUUGAUUGUGAUUAAGAUAAGGAUGAAAACAAGAAUAUUGAAUUAUAUUAAUUAUAUUAUAAUAUUAAAUUGAAUUUCUGUUUUUGAAAGGAUUGACCCAGGAAAAUACCUGGUAAUUCAGCUAAUAUAUAUAUAUUACAUUAUUAAAUUAUUGAAUAUGAAUAACAUUUGCAUCACACCAACAUAUCCUAAAAACUUAUACCCUGACAGUAUUUGAUACUGUUCCAAUAGUCUAAUCCUGUUAUAGACAUGUAGGAAUAGACCUUUAUUCAUUCUCCAGUCCAAUAGAAGAUAAAGAUAAAUAAAUAUUUUGAUUAUUCAGCUAAUUCAUAUUUAAAUAGUACAUUUUAUUUUAGAACUGGUGUAAUGAAGUACAAAAAUGGCUUGGCGGCCGUAUUGGAGCUUUACCUGUAGAUGGAGGGGGCAAAGACCAAGUUGAUAAAGUCAUCACUGGGUUUGUACAAGCCAAAGGACGUCGAAUUAUCGAUCCAAUUUUAGUUAUAUCUUAUGAAACUUUUCGUAGUCAUGCAAGUUUAUUACAAAAAGCAGAAGAUAUUGGUCUUGUAUUAUGUGAUGAGGUAAAAAAAAAUCCCUAUCUUACUUAUUCUACAAUCAAUUAAAAUUGAAUUAUAUUACUCAAAUAAACUAAUAAACAAUAUUACAUAUUUAGGGACAUAGGUUAAAAAAUUGUGAGAAUCAAACAUACCGUGCAUUAAUGGCUUUAAAAGCAAAACGAAGAGUUUUAUUAUCAGGCACACCUAUUCAAAAUGACUUGCUUGAAUAUUUCAGUCUUGUUCAUUUUGUUAAUGAAGGCAUCCUAGGAACUGCUCAAGAAUUUCGUCGUCAAUACGAAACACCUAUUGCACGAGGUCAGGAUUCUUGUGCUACAGAUGCAGAACACAAAAAGGCAACAGAACGUUUGGAACAAUUGAUUUCAUUAGUAAAUAGGUGUCUUAUUAGACGUACUUCGGCAUUGCUUUCUAAAUACUUACCUGUUAAAACUGAACAUGUUGUUUGCAUAAAGUUGACACCUCUACAAACUGAUUUAUACCUUCAUCUGCUUAAAUCUGAUAUGAUUACAAAAUCUAUUAAGAGUAUGAUCAUAUUUUCAAUCCAGUUAAUUUCUACAAUAUCAAUAAAUAUUAUAUAUAUUUUAUAUAUUUACAGGUAAUGACGGAAAAGUUACCAGUAAUGCAUUAGCUGCUAUUACAUUACUUAAAAAAUUAUGUGCUCAUCCAGAUCUAAUUAUAGAUAAAAUAAUGACUGGGAGUGAUGGAUUUGAAAAUUCAAAGCAUUUAUUACCUCCAUCAUACAUUGAAGCAAUAUCUAAGUAAUUUAAAGAAUUAAUAUUUAAAAUUUAAACUUAAUAAUAAUCAAACUUAUAAUACUUAAUAAAGUAGAGCUAUUAUCAAAAGUUAUUUUUUAUUAUACAAUAUGAUUUUUCAGGAAAAAACUUAUAAUAGAAUUAUCAUCUAAAUUAAUGGUUCUUGACACAAUGUUAGCUGUUAUAAAAACAACUACCACUGACCGAGUAGUUUUAAUUUCUAAUUAUACUCAGACAUUAGAGUUAUUUGAAAGACUUGCUCGUUUACGAAAUUAUUCAUUUGUUAGAUUAGAUGGAUCCAUGACUGCUAAGAAAAGAUCAAAAGUAUGUAUUAGUAUUAUAUUUAUACUAUUAAAUUUAAUAAAUAGAUAAUUAGUAAAACUAUUAUUAUUAUUCUAUAUCCAUGCUAGCCUGAGAAAUACUUUUUAAAUAAAUAAAUAAUUGAUUAUUUAAAUACAAAACAAUUAUUUAAAAAAAUAUCUUAAUUUGUUAAUCUUUUUGAUCAGUUAUAAUCAAUAAAAUGGACUUAAGAAUUAAACAGCAAUUUCAUUGGUACUUAUCUUGUUUUUGCUUUUUUUACAGCAUAGAGGGAUGUUUCAAAAAAAAUGAAUUUAAUAUAAAUAUUUUUAAUAUUAUCUGUGCUUAAAUUUUGUUUAUUACAUACUUUAAUUAAAAUUUAAUAUCAUAAAAAAUGUUUAACCAAAAAAAAAAUGUAUCCUGUUAUUAAUUAACAAAAAUAACGAAAAGUUAAAAAUGUAGAAUGAGGGUUAAUUAUCUUCAAAAUAAUAAUUAUGAAUACAAUUGUUUUCUUUACAGUUUAUAUUUGAUUAAUUAAUUUAAAAAGUAAAUUAACUAAAAUAUGUUUGUCAAAAAAUAUUAUAAUAAAAAAGACGUCCUAGGAUUAUGGGGACGAGUGCAGCCACUAUUAUAGAAAAUUUAAUGUAUACCUGUAAGCAACAAUAAACCAUUGCGUACGAAAGAACGAUUUUGAGCAGAGUUCAGUUGAUAGUGAUGCUUUGUCAACAAUAUAUAUGUCAUUUUAUAGUAAAAUAAUUAAAUAGCCCUUAUGUGUUAUCUUUAAUAAUAUUUGUUUAAUGUUGUACCGAUUUUCCCAGUUUUCCAAUGUUUUUCUCGAUUUUUCCAUGUUUUAUCCUUGUUUUUCACAUUUGCUGGGAAAACUUUCGAGAAAAUCGAAAAACAACAUUUUUAAAGUACCUCCCUAGUGAAAUUUUCUUUAAGAAACAUUGCUAUCAUUAGAAGUUGGAGCAAAAUUGCUGGUAGAAAAGUUGUUCACAGAAAUUAAUCGUAAGAUUAUAUUUAUUAUAUUUCGUAAAUUUUCUUUUCAUUUGAUGAGAAAAUGCUUGAGAAAAUCAGACUUCCCUAUUGUACCUCCCCACACCAAUUUCCUUUCAGAAAAGGUGCUACACAUAGAAAUCUGAACAAGUCUAACUACAUUUUUUAAUAAUUAUUAUUUUGAUUUUUUACAGGCUGUCGAUGCUAUUAAUAACCCUACUAGUGGUACAUUUUUGUUUAUGUUAAGUUCAAAAGCUGGAGGUUGUGGUUUAAAUUUGAUUGGUGCAAAUAGAUUAGUAAUGUUUGAUCCUGAUUGGAAUCCUGCUAAUGAUGAUCAAGCAAUGGCUAGGGUAUGGAGAGAUGGACAAAAAAAACCUUGUUUUGUUUAUCGAUUUUUAGCUGUAAGUCUAAAAAUGUUUUAAGUAUCUAUUAAUUCAUUUUUGUCAAAUUAUUAUACAUCUAUAUAUACAAGGUGAUUCACUAAGCAUGCUCAACCUAUUUUUUUGAUUCAAUUUUGCAUAUAUUUAAAUUAUGAUUUUUGUAAUUUUACGUGUAGUUAAAGCCUCCAACCUAAAUUUAAAAGUUGAAUAUCUCGUUAAUGGGUUAAUGGAAAUCAAAAAUGUCGACACCAAAAUUAAUUUGAAGUAAUACUCAGUCUAUUUAUGGAAUUUUUAAUAUAGGUUCUCAUUUGAAAAACCAAAGUUGGUAUCACCACAGGAUACUCUUUAAAUGUUGUGAAAAUUCAAAAUAUUCAAAAAUAUCGGCUUUAACUACACUUAAAAAUUCCGAAAAUCAAAAUUUGAAUAUAUGCAAAAUUUAACCAAAAAAAAUGAUUUGAGUACACUUAGUGAAUUACUCUGUAUAUAUAUAUAUAUAUAUAUAUAUAUAUAUAUAUAUAUAUAUUUUAGACUGGAAGUAUUGAAGAAAAAAUGAUGCAAAGGCAGGCACAUAAAAAAGCCUUAAGUUCUAGUGUAGUUGAUUGUGAAGAAGAUGUAGCUCGACAUUUUACCGUUUCAGAACUACGUACAUUAUUUAAUCUCAGACAAGACACUAUAAGUGAUACACAUGACAAGUAAAUAUAAUUAUUUUUUAUUUUUUAACUUAUACAUUGUAUUAAUAUAUAUACUUUUUAUAGAAUAAAAUGUAAACGUUGCAUUAAUAAUAUUCAAACAAAACCGCCCCCUGUGGAUAGUGAUUGUACAAAUGAUCUUUCUUGUUGGCAUCAUAGUACAGACAAACGAUGGUUGGUAGAUCCAGUCUUAAAACAAUGUUGGCAUGCAGGAAUUAGUAUGGUAUUUUAUCAACAUUCUACAGUUUACAAGGAGGUAUUAUUUUAUAUCUGUUCAUCAUUAUAUUUUUAGGUUUACAUUAUUUUACAUUAUUGAAUAGCUAUUAUACAAAGUGUCCUAAACUGUUAUUAUCUAAUGCCAACAACUCUGUCAAUAUUCUUUAUUUUUUUUCAAUUAGAAUUUGUACGAGAAGGACACAUAUGUAGAGAGAAUUUAAAUAUUUAUUUUUACCCCUAAUUAUGCAAUAAGGAAUCACAAUCAACAUGAUAAUUCCUUAUUUUUUUAUUAAAUAUUAAUUGUUUACACACCUAUUAUCUAUACAUGAAAGCCACUAUAACUAAGAAAGUAUUAAUCGGAUAUGAAUAUAUGAUGUUCAUAUAAUUUUUAAAAUAAUGUAUUUUUCAAAAUGGUUUAUUUGAAAAUUGAUAAAAUACAAAUUUAUUUUUUUCAAUAAUUACGAGAUUGAAAAAGACAACCAUACUUCCCACGUGGGUGGGCCACUGUUGCAGGUGAGAAGUUGGGAAAGUAGAGGGAAAAUUCAAUGUAUACCUAUGCGCAACAAUUAACUAUUGCUAACAAAACACGAUUCUAAACACAGUUUAAUUAAUAGUGUUGCUUUGACAAAAAUAUAUAUCUCAUAUUAUAGUAAAAUAAUGCAUUAUAUAUUUUUUUUGAAUAAUAUUUGUUAAAUAUUGUACCAAUUUUCUAGUUUUUUGUAAGUUACUUUAGUAAGUAAUUAUACUACUACUAAGUAAUAUCUUUCCUAAGUACCACCUCAGUUAGAUAUUCUCUUUCAGAAAAAGUUGUACCAUUGUAAAUUGAAGCAAAAUUGCUGGUAAAAAAGUUUUUCACAUAAAAAAAAAAAAAAAACAUUGUAAAACUAAAACAUGACUUGCUCUGCUCAAAAUCUAAUAAAAAUAUAAUUUUUCUCUGCAUGUGUCCCUUUAGUACAAAACCCAACUGAAAAAAAAAAUGAAUAUUAACAGAAUCAUUAAUAUAAAAUUAACACUGUAGGAGACCCUAAAUAGGAAAUAUGCAAUAUACUAUAGAAGGUAAGUAAUUGAUUUAAUUAAAAAUAUAGGUAGUAUCUUAUUUUAUAAUAAAAUAACAACUUUUAUAAAAUCUUAAAAAAGAAAUUGGGUUAGACAAAGGUGAAAUUGUGUACAUAUAUGUUAUUAACUAUUAUUAUAAAAUUAAUUUAGAAGAACAUUAUCUUAGGUGAAGAAUUGAAAACUCCAUCUUUUUUAACUUAGAGUAAUGUUCUCUAUAAAUUGUUUACAAGUCGGAACUUGAUAAGGUCAAUGUAAAAUAACUGGGAAGGGAUGAUUUUGAAAAUGUAUAUAAGACACAUUUAUAAUGAAACAAGCUAAAAAUAUAUUGAAGAAUGAGUGUGAUUGAUCUUCCUCUGGAUCCACUUUGUAGAGGUCAAUAAAGUACAACUUUAAUUUGUACCCGUUUUGAUUUUCUUGGUCGUUUUUGUAAUAAUUGAGAAAAACCGGAAAAUGACAAAAAAGAAAAUUGUUAAAUUUAAGAUGCUAGAAUUCUAUUGUUUUAAAUUUUUACAGCUUAUGUUUUGAUUUUAACUUAUAUUUUUUUAUACAUGCUUGAAAAUUUGGUAGGAUGUUCAUUAUAAGUCUUAAUUAAUGGUCAAAAAAAAAAAAUUUGAGCCUAAUAUAAUUUUUUUUUUUAUAAGAGUUAAAAUCAAAUGUUGAUGAAUUGUUUUGGAAUUUUCCCUUUGGAAAAUCAAAAAAUGACCUUCUCAAUGCACUAAUAAAAAUGCCUUUUUUGAAAAGGUACUAAACUCAAUACAUCGGAGCAAGAUUUCUUUUCGAAAAGUUGUUUACAGACGAGAAAAAAAAACAAUAUGCCAUAUAGAUGUUUAAAUUUUUAAGUUUAUCUGCUGUAUAGGUAGGUAAUCUCUUAUUCUUUCUUCCAAAUUUUCUAUUAUUCUCGUUAUCUUCUCAAGUAUAUUCAAGUAGUAUGAAGGACUUACUUAGAAAUAUUGAGGCCAGGCCAUUUUUACGAGAUCUUAAUAAACCUUUUUUUGCUUUUUCACCUAUUAAUACAAAGGGUAUGUUAACAAUACAAUCCUUCUUAGUCCAUUAAUUUUAAUUUGUGUUUUCUUAAUUAAUCAUGUGAAAUUACUAGUUAUGAUUGUGCCUCUAAAAGCACUUAGUUCUGUGUAUUUGUCGAAAUAGAAAGGGGGGGGGCUUGAGGGAUCAAAACCUACUCAAAACUUAUAAACUAAAAAUUAGCCCUCUUCAAAUUAGUAAUUAUUAAUUUAAAGGUGACUAAUUUCUCUGUUAAUACGAUUUAAACUGGCUUAGACUCCUCAAGCCCUUACACGAUUUCCGCCGAGGGUUCUAUGCGAAUGCAUAGCUUGCACCUCCCUCAAACCAGCCCUGUUUCUGUAAGAGAAUACACUUAUUUUUUAUCAUAAAUACCAAAAUUUAUUUUAUUUUCUACUUACCUAUACAUAUUAUAUGAACAUUAUUUUUUUUUUAGAUAAAUAUACUUAUACUUUAUAAUAAAAUAAAAUAUGGGUUUUCAUUCAGUUGGUCCCCAAUUAAAAAUUACUAAUAGUAUAGCUAAUCAUUUAUAUUGCAUUAACAUACACAUUUCAUUACUAUUUAUUAGAAGCCAAAAGUUGAAGAAGACAUAGUAGAUACAGAAGAUAAGAAGAUGAACACGAUUAAAAAUGAAUACUAACCUUAAUAUUAUAAUCUUGAAUAUAUUAAUUUAUAUUUCAUGUUAUUAAACCUAUAUAUUCGCUAUCGGAAAUUAUAUUAAUAGGUAAUAAAUAAUUAUAUACUUGUAUUAUAAAUAGAAUGUGUUAUAUUUAUUAGUACAUUGAAAAAUAUGUAUAUAGUGUAUAUCCAUUGCUAUCAUAUCUAUAUUUCUAAUUUUGGUUUAAAAUCGUGGGAAAAAAUGUACUUGCAUGAAUGAAUAUCCAGUUUAAAAAUUUAAGUAAAAUUGCUCGUAUGACUAUGUACCCAUUUCUAGAGAUAUUUAUUGAGACGUCAGUUGACUGGCGUUAUGUUUGUAUAUGAUUUAUUAAUAAAUACUUUAUGUCCUGAGUUUAUACUACUUUUCUGGCAUCACAACUCUUCAAAAUUUGUUGGUGUACCCCACCAUUUUCUUCCAUUCCUCGCGAUUAUUCCGUCUAUGCAACAAUUUUUGGUCCUUCUUUUGGUCUCUUUCCUGUUACAUUGAGCUUAUAGCUCAAAUUCAUUUUCUAAUUCCGUUCUUUUAUUCGAGUAAACACGAUGUUUUUAUGUAGAUAUUCCAUAUUUUAAGUUUAAAGUGGUAAUGACUAAUUUUUAUUUAGAGCUUAGAAAAUUGUAAAUAAUAUUUACAAAUUAUUUCAAUAAUAUUUAUAGUCCUUUGUGGAUUAUAUUAUAGUCUACCCUACUUUAGAUAUUUUUGAUACAUCUCUUGAUACUUUUAUAUUUAAGCCAAACGUAUUGUUAAUAAAUUAUUCUAACAAGUACAGAAUAACCUUGUUGACUAGCUUCAACAUAAUUUUAUGAAUGUUUAAUUGUUACUGGUAUAGUAGAAUGAAGUGUUUACACAUAGGGCGGGAGCUAUAAAACAAACGGAAAUAUUUCAACCAACCAUAUUUAAGCCGAAAAUAAAACGCACGUAUUUUAACCGAAACUCCUAAACCUACUGAUUAACAACUUGUAAAUUUACUAUUAUUAUUUUUAUUCAGAAAAGGUUGAAUUAGAAAACUAUGAAGUUUGAAUGUCGAUAUUUUGAACAAAAAUUGAACAUUUUGAAAGAACGUGCAAAUUUUGAGUUAUAUUUUCUAUGAUAAAAGCAUAUAUUAUUUAAUUCAUGCUGAGUAUAAAUACCCGACCAGUUGGGGUGAUAGUAGACACACAAGUACACGACCAUGGUUGGGCUAGAUACUCGUAGAUACUCGACCAUAUUGUUAUCAAAUGAGCAUGUAUAAAUAAUUUAAAAUUUCAUCUUUUGAAAAGUUGAUAUUAAAACUAUUACUAGUAGAAAAAUAGAUACAAUUUUAGAUUGUGAGUAAAGUGAGGAAUGCGUAUUGGUUUUACAAUGUUUUUUUUUCUAUGAAUUAUGUCUUGUGCAAAACCACGUCAGAUAAGUAGUAGAGAAAAUUAUAAAAGCAUAGGUGAAACUAGAGACCCAAGGUGGUCACUCGCUCGCUGCGCUCACUCGGACAAUUUCAAUCGAAAAUAACCCUCGAAUUGUCGGGUAGGUAAUAAAGAAAAGUGAAAAGCAUUAUACGUUAAAGAACCUUUAAUUGGUACAACACUAUAACUUAUUUACAUACAUUUUAUAAAACAUUAAGAUACUGACACGAUUUAUAUAUCAUUUGAUCUUGGUAUGUAUACCUAUAUUACAUUUUAUUGUAAAUUUUAGUCAAAUGUUUUUAUAGUUUAUACUUUAUACUUCUAAAUCUCGAAACUCGAUAAAAAUUGUAAGAAUAAAAUAUUGGUGAUUAAAUCCGCUGGGUUUGCAGAUUGAUUUAGGAACACACGAAUUGUAUCAUAUGAUACUUCAGGAAAGAUCGGUUGCAGUUGAAAAUAAACCGUAUAAUUUAAAAAAAAAUUUGUGACUGAUUUCUUAUCAAUUUUCUGAAAACUAAAAACCAUAGCCUAUAAUCAUUAUCAGGUUUAUGGUAAAAACUCUGAAUGAAAUACUAGUAAAAACUAUAUUAAUUUAGUUGAACACUAGAUAGCGUGAGCGAAAUAAUUUUAUACUAAUAGCUCUAUAUACAUAGUGGCAAGAGGGAGUACGUAAAAAAGCCGAACCGUAUUUUAGCUGACAGUAAUUUAACCAAUAAGUAUUUAAGCCGACAAAUCCCUCUCCACUACAACCAAAAGCGUCGGGAAUUGCGCAUAUGGACUGCAGAUGAGGUUUAGUAGAAUGCCCUAGUGGUGAAUGUGCAUAUUACUCUCAAGAUACUUCUACACGCGUUCUUAUCAAAAAAAAAUAAUAACAAUAUUUAUUAUUAAACUUUAGUGGAGGGGGAUUUGACGGAUUAAAUAUUUUCGGUUACAAUAUAGCCCCUCUCUUAAUAUACACAGAAUAUCGAACCAACGUGUGAUAAGUGAAGCUGUAACCUCACUUUUAGCAAGGUUACUAACACUAUCUAGUGUACUCUUUACAAACUUUGUCAAUAUAUUUUAUAGAAUAGUCUAUAAAAAAAAUAGGCCGUGAUAGAAUGGAUAUGCAAUUUAUUACACACCCUACUCCGCCAGUCAAAUCAUUAAGCUCGUUUUAGUUGAUAUAAUUAACAUGGUAUGAAAGUAACUUCAACAAAAAUGAAAUCCUACUGAGAGUUAAUCGAAUAAACAAUAUUUUAUCAACUAUGCCAGGGUCUAGGACACUUCGCCGAAACCAUUUCACAGACGAACUUAUUUUAUUAAAAAAAAUUACCGAUUUUGUUUUAAAAAAGAGCUGAUAUUGGGGACAGGUUCAGUCACUGUUGUUGACAUCGUUAUUUAAAUUAAAUUUGUAUGCAACAAUUAACCAUCGUAAUACACUAAUACCUAUUAUUAACCGAGCUGAAUUCUUGUUUCAGAAUUGCGCUCCAAAUCGCUUUUCGUUUAAAUGGUUUAUCGUUACGUACAAAUUUAAAUUAAAUAACUUUAUGUAUCAUACCUUCCCAAAAUCUCAACUUCUCACCUACAACGGUGGCUGAACCAAUCCCCAGUAUCAGCUUUUUUUUUAAACAAAUGUGUUAAUUUUUUUCAAGAAAGUAAGUCCGUCAGCAAAAUUGUUUCGAUUAUGCCAUGAAAUAUGACGUCAAUUGGUCCAAAAUAUAUUUAAAAUCAAAAAAUGGUGACAAUAUUAUAAUUUAUUAAAAUAAAACUGCUAUAUUUAUAUGUACAUUGUUUACAUAUACAGAGUGAUUUUUUUCAUCACACAACACUUACUUUUUUACUAUCCCAGAUUUAUUUAUUAUAAAUACGGAACAUUUUAAAUCGCACUUAAAAUUUAUAUAUAUUGCAUCAUGUGGUGGGAGGAGGGCUGUGAAAUUAACGACGUAGCCCUCAAAAUUAGUUCAUAAACCAAGUUAUCUAAUCAAAAUAAAAGUGUUUACUUUUUACGUCAUUUUUUGUUCGAAAAAUAAUGUUGAAAUCAAAUUAACAUAUUAAUAUGUUAACAUAAUUCAAAAAUGUUAUUUGUCUACAAUGAUACUAUCCAAUCUCAUAUCACGCAGCUACUGCUAGACAAAGAAACUAAACUAAAGUUCAGAUCUUCUUAGUAAUUGUGACAAUCAAUAUCAAUUUAUUUAAUCAAAAUAUAUUUAGCAAAUAAAAUUAUUUGACAUAACUGUCAACUAGAAACUAUUAAUCAAAAAAAUUUGACAUAUGGGAUGGAUAAUUCAAAAUACAAGACAAGUGUUGUUUAGAACAUUUGGUCAGGACACCGUGACGCUUGUCUCAAAUACGGAAUAAUCCUGUAUAAUAUCCCUAAUUUAACAAAGUGCAUUUCCAUAGAGUCAUAAUUAUAACUACUACUAAGUAGGUAUAACUCAAAAGCUACUUUUUCAAAAUUAGAUUUUUAUUUAAAGAGAUACUCCGAAAAAUGUUCUGCAAUGCAAUACUUUAUGAAAUAAUAAGUAUUAUGUGAUUUAAGAAUCACUCUGUAUAAUACUAUUCAUUAGUUAAUACUUAAAAUUUAUAUUUAUGUUGCAUUAUAUGUUUUUAUAAUAUACAUUGUAUUUUGUUUUAUUCUUUAUUCUGAUUAAAUAUA